UUUAAAUCUUAAUGCAAGCAAGGAAAGAUCAUUUUUCAAUUAUUACUUGCUGGGUCGGAGUGUAGAUGAGCGAGCAGAGCCUAGGAAAGAGGGAAACCCGUCAUGGAGUAAUCGACUAGAAGUAGAAGAUUGCUAGCCUGAGAGAAGGCGGCCUCUCUCAGGAAACAUGGCCCAAUUUUUCUUCUUUCUUUUUGAUUUCGGGUUUCUUUAUUUUUUCAGGGGCCCAGAAUGCUAAAAGGUAGGGGAGAAGCAAGCCUAACCUUUGAUCGACCUAGACACAUAAAAAAUUCUCAGCGUCGAAAGAGAUUUGAGAUUUCGUAAGUAACUCAGUGAGUGCUUUCUAAGAAGGGCUUGGCUUGGAAGAAGAAAAUGAAAUAUGAAUAACUGCACUGGUUGUAAUAGAUCGACUUUCAUGCUAGUUCUUGCUCCAGCAUGAAAGUUCCAUUUCAGGGAAGGACAAUGUACCAAUGAUACUUUCUAUUUUGUCGAGCCCUGCUUUGGUCUCUGGUUUGAUGGUUGUACGUGCUAAAAAUCCAAUACAUUCUAUUUUGUUUCCUAUCCCAGUCUUUUGCGACACUUCAGGUUUACUUCUUUUGUUAGGUCUUGACUUCUCCGCUAUGAUCUUCCCAGUAGUUCAUAUAGGAGCUAUAGCCAUUUCAUUCCUAUUCAUUGUUAUGAUGUUCCAUAUUCAAAUAGCGGAGAUUCACGAAGAAGUAUUGCGCUAUUUACCAGUGAGUGGUAUUAUUGGACUGAUCCUUUGGUGGGAAAUGUUCUUCAUUUUAGAUAAUGAAACCAUUCCAUUACUACCAACCCAGAGAAAUAUGACCUGUCUGAGAUAUACGGCUUAUGCCAGAAAGGUAUGAAGUUGGACUAAUUUGGAAACAUUGGGCAAUUUACUUUAUACCUACUAUUCCGUCUGGUUUUUGGUUCUUAGUCUUAUUUUAUUAGUAGCCAUGAUUGGGGCUAUAGUACUGACUAUGCAUAGGACUACUAAGCUGAAAAGACAGGAUGUAUUCCAACAAAAUGCUAUUGAUUUUAGGAGGACUAUAAUAAGGAGGACGACAGACCACUCACGAUCUACUAAAAGGAAAGUAGCUGAUUGGUUCAAAUCCAAUUCGUGA